ACUUCGGCUCGUAUUCUUGCCCAUGUUACUGAUGUGGAUUCUGCAAGGGUCGGCUGCUAGUACAAACGCGAUAAAUCGUAGGUGCAGUGAGGUUGGAACUGUGUAAAACAGGAAAACAGACGAGAACAUCACUUUCCACGCUUCGUGCGUGCAUAACUAGUACCUGCGCUUCGUGUAAGGUUGUCAUAAAGUGCGCGAAAUGUUAGCGUGUCGUCGACUACUUGCUCUUCGUUCUCAAACCACGCUCAUCUCGGCGUGUACGCCGCACCAAGGUCAAUGUUACAGCACGACCAAGGCCCUUCAUAAAUCGCAUUCAAAGCAGAAGAUCGUGCUUACUGACGAUGGCUCCACGAUUGUCUGCUGGCAUCCAGAAGAGGAGUUUCCCUAUGAGCAUACGAAGCCGCUGCCAAAUAUAAGGUCCAAGCUGAAUGAGGAAAACUCUGCACUGAAGCUGCAGUACCGAUUGGAGGAAAUCGAGACGCGUUACAGAAAUGAACGGCUGGAGAUUGAAGCUCUGACAAAAAUGACAUACACCACCAAGCACAGAUGGUAUCCGAAAAACAACAAGAAGUAUAGGGUUCCCAAACCACCACUUGAUAGAGAAGGGCUGUAAAUUUCAUGAGCAAAUAGACACCAAGGCCUUGCAGCCUAACGGUGACUGUUUCUUGUCAGUCGCAUCUUGUGCAUCAUCGAGGUGCGACGCCACUGACGACGCUCUUCAUCACACCAGUAUAAAGCCCCUGGAUCUUUGAAAAGUAGGGAAGGGCUUUGAUCUUGCCGCCGAGCUACAUGACUGCAAGAUAACUUCAGCGCUCCCCCUGGUUUGGGCCAGGAGCAGCUGGUAGACUUUAUAUGCCUCGCACGCAUCAUUUUCCAUUCUCAAAUGGCGCGCACAUUUGUGCCUGGACAUGUGCUUUGAUAUGACGAUAACUGUUUUUGCAGUUGCAUGGUUCUUCUUCAUUUGUUCAUGCAAAGGGAAAGGGAAAUGAGCCAAUGGCUUGAAAAGAGAUGCUGAACUCUUGUAUUGACCGCCUAAUGUCACGCAGCUGCUUAAUGUAAUGUUGCUCAUCGAGCUCACGCAUAUCUAUUUCUCUUGGCACAAACCAGCAAGUGCUAUUGGCAGUUGUGAUUACCUUCAGAAGAUCCAGGGGCCUUACGCCAGCAUUAUGAGAAGCCUGUUAGCUGCCAGCUUGCUGUUUCUUCUGAUCCACAGCAGUUGUCUUGCCCGCUGCAUGGCACGUCGCACCUGCGUAUGUUUAGAACACCCUUUCAGGAGUUCGAGUGGAACACUAAGCCUUGCUGUCGCUAUCAAUGCUUCGUCCUUUGGGUGAAACUUUCACCUGCCAGUGUUUUAUUCAGCCUGUCACAGCGACAUUUUUUUCGAUGGCAUUCUGCUGCUGAGCAGGAGGUCAUAAGUUUGAUUCCCAGCCACAGCAGCUGCAUUCCAGUGGGGGUGGCAUCUAAGAAUGUGCAUGUGAUUACAUUUACCUACACAUUGACGAACCCCAGGUGGCCAAAAUUAAUCUGUUGACCUCUCACACACCCACACACUCUAAUAGCUUAUGUUGCUUUGGGACAUUGAUCCACAUAACUUGAUUUGCAUUUGAUGUUGUUUUUUCAUGUUGGGUCCAUAGUGUGCGCAUCAUUUCUUGGCUGCGAAGACACUCUGGUGACUUAGAAAACCAGCUUUUAAGUGACAUUUCGUGAUGUAUACCAGUCUCUUUAGCAAGAUUAUUGUGAAACAUGUCAGUUGAUGUUCUCUUACUUACCUUAACCUCUUUCUUUAAUUUUUAUAUUUCAGGUGCAAGGGCGCUCUAUUUGUGCAAGCGUAUAGCCACAUUUAGUUUAGAGAUAUUCCAUGCUUGUUAAUAAAGUCACAAUGAGAUCAUAA